UAUGGGCCCCUGCUGUCACUGUGACUGCUCCGCGUUGGACAUUUCACCUCGCCACUGUAAAUUUAAAAAGGGGAUUACAUUUUGCUGACUACUAAUUUCACAGCCGUGGCUCGACCAAGUGAAGACAACUGGUCGGUCCCGCUGACAGAAGACUUAUUACAGUCCGCAAUUGCAGGAUUUGGGAUUUUGAAAGGGUCCGAAUAAGGCUACCGGGAAAGAAAACGUAAUCUGGAUGACAUUGAACCUCAAUAGGUUACCGUUUACACAUUUAGACUACGGACUCCUUUUCUCCAGGAGAAAAAAAAAAAAAACGUUUUGUAGUUGACUGGGCGUUUUGGACGCAUUCGGUAAACGGUGAUGCUACGGCGGCGCGCAGGAACCAUAGAGGGAAGAGACAGGUGAGGUGCGGCUAAGGAGCUGCUGUUAUUUCAGAGAGGCUUUGGAUACCGAGAGCUCGUGGCAUCCAUCACCCUUUACUCCACAGAGAGGACGAAGAAAGACCAGAGAGGGCGAGUUGGCGACUGGCACCUGCCUCCGCCUCCCUACCUGGCCAUCUGGUGCGUGCAUGUGUGUUGCUGCCAUGGCGACCGUGGCUCCUCCCCUCACAUUUCUUCUCCUGCUGCUGCAAGUGGCUGAUGGCUCUUUCCCAGAGGAACCCAGUCCACUCAGCUACGUCCCCAUAGAGGUUGUGCGGAGGUAUCCAGUGUUCUUGGGCAGAGCUCAUCGUUCAGCUCAGAGACAGGAGCUGCACAUCCAGACGGUCCUCCAAGUUAACCGCACGCUCUACAUAGGAGCCAGAGAUGACUUGUACAGAGUGGAGCUGGAUAACAUGGCAGGUGAUGAGAUGUUCUAUAGCAAGAAACGGACUUGGGAAUCCAAUAAGAAUGACAUUCGAGUGUGCCGGAUGAAGGGCAAACAUGAGGGAGAGUGCCGUAAUUUCAUCAAGGUUUUGCUCAGCCAGCAUGGUGGCCUGUUUGUAUGUGGAACAAACGCCUUCAACCCGCUUUGUGCCAACUACACUAGAGACACUCUAGAAAUGGUGGGAGAGCCUGUCAGUGGGAUGGCACGGUGCCCAUAUGAUCCACGUCAUGCCAAUGUGGCUUUAUUUGCAGAUGGAAGUCUCUUUACGGGCACUGUGACAGACUUCCUGGCCAUCGAUGCGGUGAUCUAUCGUAGCCUCGGCGACAGCCCUGCCCUCCGCACAGUCAAACACGACUCCAAAUGGUUCAGAGAGCCCUACUUUGUGAGCUCCAUGGAGUGGGGUCCUCAUAUUUAUUUCUUCUUCAGAGAGAUGGCCAUGGAAUUUCAUCAUCUCGAGAAGGUGAUGGUGUCCCGUGUGGCUCGUGUGUGUAAGGCAGACCUGGGUGGCUCUCAGCGUGUCCUCGAGAAGCAGUGGACCACAUUCCUGAAGGCACGGCUCAACUGCUCCGUCCCAGGAGAUUCACACUUUUACUUCAACCUCUUACACGCCACAAGCAACAUCAUCCACAUGCAGGGACGAGACGUCAUCCUUGGUCUCUUCUCCACGCCACCAAACAGCAUCCCUGGCUCCGCGGUGUGUGUAUUUGACAUGCAGCAGCUCGCUCAUGUCUUUGAGGGCCGGUUUAAAGAGCAGAAAUCCCCCGAGUCUAUUUGGACUCCCGUACCCGAUGAAGCAGUGCCCAAACCUAGACCAGGGGGAUGUGCAGUGCAGGGAUCCAGAUUUAGCUCCUCUACCACGUUGCCAGAUGAGGUGUUGAACUUUGUGAAGACCCACCCACUGAUGGACGAGACCGUUCCACUACUGGGGCACAGACCCUGGGUGGUCAAGACUAUGGGCCGGUACCAGCUGACAUCCAUGGUGGUCGACACAGAGGCUGGUCCACAUAAGAACCGUACGGUCUUGUUCCUGGGCUCCACCCGAGGAACCAUUCUGAAGUUUCUGAUGAUUCCCAGUGGAGAUUCUGUCUCCCACAGCAGUGUGUUUCUGGAGGAGGUGGAAGGAUUCAACCCAGACAAGUGUGGUGAGGACUCUCCUCAGGCUCGCCAGCUCUUGUCUCUGUCACUGGACCGGACCAGCUAUACUCUGCUGCUGGCCUUCCCCUCCUGUCUGGUCCGAUUGCCCACCUCUCGCUGCCACCUGCACUCACGCUGCAUGAAGAGUUGUCUAGCCUCCAGGGACCCAUACUGUGGCUGGACCAGAGGCAGCACCUGCUCCUUCCUGAGACCAGGCACACGGCUGCCUUUUCAACAAGAUGUGGAAUAUGGAAACACCACCUCCCAUCUAGGAGACUGUGAUGGAAUUCUGCAGCAGAGUUUGCUGAUUGAACCGGAGAGCUUGGUCUCCCUCAACCUGCUUGUGGCUUCUGCAGUCUCCGCGUUCACCAUCGGGGCGGCGCUCUCUGGCAUUGCUGUGUGCUGGAUCAUGGCCCACAAGCCCACCAACCGUCGCCACGGCAACGCCUCCCAGUCCUCUAUCCAGCGGCGUGAAAGAGGCCUGCUGAGUAAUGCCGGCGGGAUGGGAGGCUCUGUGCUCAGUGUGACGCGGCAGGGAGGAGGGGAGCGCCCCUGCUCUCAGGGCGGUGAAACCCUGUUUGUCAUGCCCAACGGCUGGGUGAAGUCAGGAGAACUUGACCCAGGUUUCCUGCCCACCCCGGAGCACACGCCCCAGCAGAAACGCAGAGGCCUACGACUGUCGGACUCCAACUCUGGUGGCUGGGACACCAGCCAGACGUACCUGGGGGGAGGCUCUGUGGGUCUGGGUUCACCCUGCCGCAUACCCCCCUCCGUCUACCUGACCACCAGACUCUUCCAGCAGGGGGGAGGCGGGAGACACAGUGGUGAGGGCCGAGGGAAUGAUACGCCACGCCAGCACUAUGUCUGCCUGAGCAAGCAAGAAAAAGGAGGAAAGGGGACACCCAAAGCGCCUCUCAGGAAGUCUGCAGGGGAAUAUGUAUACCCCAUGACCCCCCAGGACUCGCCUGAGCGCAGGAGGGUGGUCUCAGCACCCAGCGCCCCCAUGGAGUAUGGUGAGCCGCUGCCAUUGCGCUGGCCAGCCCCGGAAGGAUACAUCCUCAGCAGCCAUGGCAUGGUCCCUGUCCCUCUGCCUCCACCCUCCAUGCCCGCUCCCAGUGGCCAAGCUUACGUGUCCCAGCAACACGCCCCCGGGCUGAGCAGGGCCCUGCUGAGAGGGGCCCUGGAGCGAGGGGAGCUGGGUGAGCUGGUGGAUCUCAGCCAGCUGAUGAGUAAGAAGAACUGCAGUGAUAGGACUCAGGCUGGCCAGUGACUCUUGAGGAAAUUAAGGGGACGGGAGCUUUUCCAUGUCCAGAGCUCUCUGUUUUGUUUACAUAGAUCUCUCUUUCCUCCUCACUCAGUCCAUUCCCCUCUUCCUUCCCAUCUCCCUACAUCUUUAUUUGUUAUUCAGCCCUCCUAAUCUCCUCUGUCAGUCUCUCAGGCAACCCCCCACCACCCUACCCCUUUUCACCCCAUGCAAAGUCUCUCUUUAUGACUGGCUGCUGGGUCUGCCACUCAUAUCCUGGCUCACAUUAAUUGGUCAGAUGGACUGAGGUUGUUGCUGUGUCUGCAUUGCAGAGUUGCCUCUCCCUCCAGCGGCAGCAGGAAGAGGGAGGAGAGAGAAUGGAGUGCAAAGAAAGAAAGAAAGCAGAAUGUGAGGCAGAGAGGAUGUGGACAGAGACAAAGAUGGACACGCAUUUAGAGGCUGCCUUCUCUGUGCAGAUUAACUGAGGAAGCAGAGCCAGUCAGAUACUGCUGCAGGAGUGGGAUGCUUUCCCCCCUCUUGGAUAACAUUAACAAGACUGCUGCCCAUCUGUUCUCCACUCUAUUACCUGUUGGUCUGAUUGCCAACUAGGCACUUGAAGUGAAAUUACAAAUUCUGAACAUCGUAAAAGUAUCUGAAGCUGUAGGUGACUCAUCAGACAAGUCAUUCUAACUGUAAACACAAAUCUAAUGGAUGAUGAGAAAACUCCUCUCUCUAGUUCGUUUUCUCACUCUUCCUCUUUGCUGCGCACAUACAGUACAUGCCUACAUGUUUUUGUACAGGUGAGUGAGGGUAUUUAGUAUUCUAUGUACACAGGAAGCACGGUGUGUGUGUGCCAAAUGCCUCUAAACUGUCUCAUAGGGAUAUGGGACCAUAACUCACAUCUUUGGAGAGCAAAGUGCAGCACUGAAAUGUCAGCACUAUUUUUGCCAACCGCAUGCUCCCCGUAAUGACAGCAUCUGAGCCAUCCAUCGCUCUAUUCAUUUGCCUCCUUACACCCCAUGUACUCUUUAAUGACCAAUAACUUCCAUGUUGGUCGUCUGGGGAGAUUGCACCAGAACAGUGGGCUGACACUGCGGGACAGAAAGAAAGAGAGGUGUUUUAGAGAAUUAAAAAAAUGGACUGCAAUAUAUGAACACCUUGUCCUUCACUGUCACCUUAGGGUUUUUCCACACACACGCGUCCAUUAAUGUUGCAUUAUAGACAUUUACACAGUCCGGUUUUAUAGGGCAAAUUUCCCCUUAAGCCCACAGUUAGUCAAGGUCCCACAGACAUGACACAGAACAAAGUGACAGUUACAGUCAUGAUGAUGGAAACCUCUGGCUUAACUCAAAGCCAAUAGGGGUAAUGGAAAUGUUCCCAGCAGGCAAAUGGGACCAUAUAUUCAGCCCAUGAAAGUGUCCCGUGCCAUGAAAUGGUCAGCGUUUAGGUCAACACAACAUUGUUUUUCUGUGGGUUAGUGAGGAGAUGGAAGUCAAAAAAAAGAAGAGAGUCAAGAUGAACAAGACAGAAACAAAAAGCAGGUAGGGCUUGAUGAAAUGAGAUGCACCAACAACAACAGUAGGGAAAAAGCGGGAACUGACCAGAUGAUUUGAUUUUCGCUCUCAGUCGCAGUCAGUAGUCGACACAUUUUGGUUUGUGCUAACCUUGUAGUGAGCAGCAAUAUAUGGUUUAUCUGUACAUAAUAAACUUUAAUUUAGAUAAAAUGAUAAGACAAACAGUAACUCCAAAAAAAAUGACAUCAGGCACAAGCUUGCAAACAAAAACAAACAUUAAUUAUUAUAAUUCAUUAUAGCUAUUAAUGUAUGAAAAUCUGUUUUCAUAGAAGUUUCACAUCAACCUACUCUAAGAUUGAAAUCACCAAGACGCUAAGUAUUACCAGUGUCUUUUUUUUCACGUCUGUGUGCCAAAACCAAGAUAUGAAUGAUAAAAUGAUGCCUGAUUAGUGAAGCAAGACAGAAACUUGUUUCAAAAGUGCCAUGAAGACCACUUCCAUCAGCAGUGCACGUCAUGUACUGCGGUGUCGGAUAACUCACUUGUUGCAGUAUACUUGUGAUAUGUAUGCCUUUGACCUUACAUGCUGAAUGUUUUAUUUUUGUAUCUAGAUGUCGGCUUGUACUGUUGAAAUCAUUUUUUCAGCCCCCACCCCUCUGUCUGCCCCGGAUGCCACUGACACUGAAUGCUGAAACCAACAGUGUUUGAGGGUCUGUUUAUAAACUACUCUGACACAUCAUGCCACACUUAUAUACUGUAAAUAUGUAAGAAUAAAUGCAGACACUUUGAACUUGAAUGUUUAUUAUAAUAUAAUAGCCAAUAUGUAAUAAUAAUGAUUUAGAAGUAGUUCAUAAGCAAACCUUCAAAUGGAGUGAAAUGCUGUGAGAACACUGUGUAUCUCAUUUUUUGUUUUUGCUGAUUCUGGGCUUUUCGUCUUAUUCUGUAGUCUAGUGAUUGUCUGUCUGUCAUUUCCAACCAACUGCCAUACUGGAGGAUCUUGAAAAUACAUGUCAACAUCCUGAGUGAAUGAAUGUACUCAUUCUUUUUUGUUUGUUUGUUUAUAGUCAUUAUACUGUGCAGUAAUAAGGAAAAGCACAAAAAUGUUCUUUUUUUGCAUUUUGAAAAUGAGCUGUUCUGUAUCAUUUGUGAAUAGUGUAAAUAAUCAUCCUGAAGGUAUAGCGUGUCCGUUUGGUUUCGAGGGGGGAUCCUUCAAGCUCUUCUGAGACACGACUGUGUUUGAGGUGUGAGAUUUUUUUUGGGUUUUCUCGGUGACAAUGCUGUGAAUAAGAUGUAUGUACAGUAUUUACGUGACUUUGGCUGACUGCUGAGCUCAGCUGUUUCUUGUUAUUAGAGUAGAGUCACAGGCCUGAUCUCAGCCAGAACUGAGCCUUCUCAUUUGACUGAUGCCUGUUGAGUUUUUGCAGUUGCUAAGAUACUGCUGUUAUAAUAACCAUCAAUCUUUGGAGUAUUGCUAUUAAAUGGCAUUAUAUAAUUGACUGCUAA